UAGCUAUUUUCAUUCACAUUUCACACUAGCUACAAAAAAACAGAUUAGAGGGAAUUUUUUUACGCAUGACGAACGUCAUUUAACAGGUUUCUCGGCAACGUUCAAAUGACAUCGUUCUUCAUUCCACUUUUCGUAAUUUUUUCUUUAGCCUCGUAUAUUAUUUCUUUUACAACUUCGUAUCCAGGGCCAUCAUUGAAAGACCGUAGUGAUAAGACCGUGUUUUUGCCGAGGAAUGCGAGAUUUAGUUUGUAACUUUUCCAAAUAACAAUCCCCUAACAUGACCGUAGCAUCGAUCGUCAACGGUGGUAAAAAUUGCUAUUUUUAAGCGCGAAAAUUUUGUUGUUCUCAGAACCACUCGAGUUUUCUUUGCCGGCGGGUCCUGAAUACAAGUUGAGAAGGGUGCGUGGGCGCAGUUUGAUUUAAGUUCCCUACCAUGUCUUCUUUAAAAACAAAAAGGACAAAAAGUGGGAAUAGUUUCCUUUAUUGAGGAGGUAUGCGAAAAAGAAAACAUUUUGUUUCGCAUAUUCAUUUGGAUAAAGGACGGCAAGUUCAAAGCGGAAUGCUCUGUGAUUGUAAGACUUAGCUUUUGAACACCCAAACAUUCCCUGAUGACUGAGGUCUUGAUUCAACUGAUGACUGGUUGUGAGGCAGUCACCCUUUGCUUGCUUCAUUCUACAGAAGACGACUUUUUGAUUUCCCAUAAAAUAAUUUGUAUAUUUCUCGCUCGUAAAUAAGGAAUAUGGAUUUUAUAGUCAGCCUGUCAUUAUGUUUAAACAUGCGUUUGGCUUACUAAUGGGGGAUUUCCGUUUUGAUAACAAGAUAUUUUCCUGCGUAGGUAUAGCGCAUAAUUCAGCGGUGAAAAAUAGGCAUGUCCCCAUGGAAAAGAAUAAUAUCAUUGCUUUAUCAGUGAAAUAUCACUUUUGCCAGACUUUUGGGGAAUCUCAACAAGAUCCGUAAAUUAUUGUUUUAUCUAUGAAAAAAGGCCACAAGCCACAAAGGGCAAAACAUUGGAAGUUCUAGUUAGCCCUCGACAAACAAUCCUGUUUUUAAUAAAAUUCACAGAUCAAUCUUACUUUGUCCCUAACAAUACUUUUAACAAGUCUCAGAAAUUUUAUUCUUUAAGAUAAUGCCUGCUACGAACCAGGUGAAGAUUAUUCUGCCUGCGUAGCUCUGGGACAAGCAUAACUGAUAAUUAUUUCAUGGCUUCAUACGAAAUAUCAGAAUAUUGCGAAUUGUUUAGGCUCGUGGAGAGAUUUUGGAUCGGCGAUAUCAAAACCAGAUGUUUUCUUCUCGUAUCAAUUCUUGAAAUAUACCGAAUUUAUUGCCAAUGAAAACAGUCAUUUUCAUUAGUCCACUCGGGUGAUUUUUUCCCCUCCUAUUUAUAACAAUCAGUGACUUUCUCCAGGCCGUUCCUAUUUUAAACUGAUGCAGCAUUUUUUCGCAAAGAUACUAGCUUGUUAUAUAUUUUUUUUAUUAAAAGAUUCCGCAGAUGCACGCUUUCUUGCCGUAUUUAUGUCUUAUAAAUGAUUUAUAACCCCACACUUUGAAGUAAAAGUUUCACCGGAUUUUAUCGAUCCCCUUGAAGGUCUGAAGUUUUCUUUUAAACAUGCACAAAUAAAGUAAAAAGUAAUAAAAUCGACGAAAGAUUACAAACUACAUUAUGUUAUGAUUGUGUUUAUCUGCAUCUAUUGAACAAAAGCUCCGAGAGUCAAAGCCGAUAUCCGCAUUCAUUUUCCAAAAUUGGCGAGCAUGUCAUAGGAUUUACUUUGAUCGGAAAAGCGUCUUAACUUAAUUUACACCUAAAUCACAACGUUCAUCAACGAAAGAAUUUGCAUUUUAAAACCGAGCCUUUGUAAACAUCUCACAAACAUAUAAUGUUGCAGAUUUUUUGUUUUCAGUUCUUGUUUUGUUUCGAUCGCCUUUCAAGUAAUGCGCCUCUUUCUGGCAGACUCCGCGGCUAGCUGUCAGGAGGGUUUUCAUCUCUAAGAAGGAUUAAUCAUCUCGCUGAAAGGCAAAACUUAAAAAGCCCUUAAAAGUGACCGGCGCUAAUCAAGUGUAAAAGCCCACUUUACGGCCUGGAAGUUCGCCGUUUGUCAAGAGCCGCAUAGCUUUCUUUCCGCGGUCUUCUUCUUGUGGCACGUCAUGGUCAACGAAACUCUACCGGCAUCUGGCGUGCCGACUGCGCUAACGACUCCAGAUUACCCGUCUUGCCCAGACCCGAAUUCCAACAAGUAUGUGAAAGGCAUCAAAGCAGCUGCCUAUAUUUUAGUGAUGUUGCUCUCUCUGUUUGGAAACGCCAUGGUGGUCCGCGUCGUUCACAAAAACCGACGAAUGCGAACUAUUACAAACUACCUGAUCAUCAAUAUGGCUCUGGCCGACCUCUUGACCACCGUCUUCAACAUGCUACCCACAACGUACUGGAUUUUUCAAGGGCUGGAUGUGUGGGCUGUGGGCGGCUGGAUAGGAGAGGUGCUUUGCAAGCUACUCAACUUCACGCAGUCCCUCUCCAUCUCGGUUUCUGUUUUCACGCUUUGCGCGAUCGCGUUCGAUCGCUUUUUCGCCAUUUUCAGGCCGCUAAAACGCGUCAUUACGUUUCGCGUUGCUAAAGGUAUCAUCGCAGCAUCGUGGUUGUCAUCUAUCAUAAUUUCAGGCCCUCAACUUUACGUUUUGGGUAUAACUGGUGAGAAAGGCGUCGCCCAGUGCGUGGAAACCUGGGAUCCUCCGUUUGAUGAAGCUAAAGCUCCGAGAGAUUACACCAUCGCGCUGUUUUUUCUGCUUUACGCCUUGCCUUUGACGGUGAUUGCCUCUCUUUACUCGGUGAUCAUGAUGAAAUUGUGGCGAAGGCAAGCACCUGGGCAAGAACUCUCUUCAAAUCAAGAAAACAAAGACAAGACCAACAGGAAAGUUCUGAAGAUGCUCGUCACGGUUGUCAUCGUGUUCGCGUUAUCCUGGCUUCCGUUAUACGUGAGAAUGUUCGUGAUGUUCGCCGAAUCGGUUCGUUAUAUUUGCGGUCUGCCAUACGCAAUGGAUUUUCUCACUCUCUAUCUCGGACAUGCUAACUCAGCAGUGAAUCCCUACAUUUACGUAAUUUUCAACGAGAAUUACAGAAGGGGUUUCAGAACUGCGCUGUCUCGGCGUCAGCGAGGAAGCAGCCGCAUCUCUGAAAGUACACGCAGAACCAGAUCAAGCCGGCUGCAUGCAGACAAAAAUGCGAGUCUCCUACGCGCGGAUUUACGUGACAAUAACAAAGCAGCUUUGCGAUUCAACAAGAAACACAACGAAAACGCAUUGUUGCCCAUGACUACGACGACAGAAAACCUUUAAUUUUUUUCAGUGUAACGGUAAGAAUCAUUGCUUUCGCUUCAGGGCACGUUAAUUUAACAGAACUUGGCACUUUGAACAAUAAGCAACGCACCGAAGACAAAUGAUCUGAUUGACCUGCAGGGCUAAUAUCGUCGCCGACGGGAAAAGAGCGAAACGAUAGCGAAACUGUAACGAUAAUCGUUUACAACACUGAUAAGAAGUGCUUAAUUAAUUACGGAAUUGAAUUUAAUAUCCGAUCGCAUUUAAAAACAAAGUUUUAAUUUCGGAGAUGUCUCCUCGUAAUUAGCACGCUGCUAAAAAGUCAUGAACGAAUCAUUGAGAUAAAUGGUUUCUUUACGUAGAGACGAUAAGCAAAUUUUCCGCUUUUACCAGUUAAUUGACAACUUUCUGAAUAAUUAGGCUGCAAUGUGUAUAUGUUAUGAACUUCUGGUCUUGACCUGUAAUAAAAUAUGAAGAUAACAAGCCUUAUGAAAUCUCAACAGAUUCAAUCCGGGGGGGG